UGAUGCUGGUUCAACUGCUACGAAGAUGCUGUCCUUCAUCUUAGUCCAGAACCGGCAGGGUAAGACCCGGCUGGCCAAGUGGUAUGCACCCUACAGCGACGAGGAGAAGAUCAAGCUCAAAGGCGAGGUCCACCGCCUCGUAGCCCCCCGCGACCAGAAAUACCAGUCCAACUUCGUCGAGCACCGCAACAACAAGAUCGUCUACCGCCGCUACGCCGGGCUCUUCUUCUGCGCCUGCGUCGACACCAACGACAACGAGCUCGCCUACCUCGAGGCCAUCCACUUCUUCGUCGAGGUCCUCGACGCCUUCUUCGGGAACGUCUGCGAGCUGGACCUCGUCUUCAAUUUUUACAAGGUCUACGCCAUCCUCGAUGAGGUCUUCCUCGCCGGCGAGAUUGAGGAGACCAGCAAGCAGGUCGUUCUGACGAGGCUGGAGCAUCUCGAUAAGUUGGAGUAACGGGCGACUUGUUGAUGAGGUCGAAUGAGAAACAGUCCAGAUGGAGACGGGGUUUAUACCAGUGGCCGCGAGACGUACACAAUACCUCGCGCAAAAACGGGUGGCAGGCAUUUGUUCGUUUUCUGACCUGGGCGUACGGAGUUACGGAGGAGACUACGGUACGAGUCGAACAGAUGGAAAUUCGUCGAAAAUCAUAUGAUUUUGUAUGACUCAUGGGCUCUUCUCGCGAGCUCAU